AUGGAGACCAAACCAGUGAUAACCUUUCUCAAAACCCUCCUCAUCGUUUACUCCUUCGUGUUUUGGUAUGUAAUGUUCUUGUCCCUGGUGUUCCUCGCUGAGUUGGUGGCUGGGAUCUCUGGCUUUGUUUUUCGUCAUGAGAUAAAAGGUACCUUCCUGAGGACGUAUACUGACGCUGUGUUGAAUUAUGAUGCUGAGGAUGAGAAGAGCCUGGCUGUGGACAACGUCCAAAGCAGCCUGCGUUGCUGUGGGGUGAACAACUACACCAGCUGGUUGGGCAGUGUGUACUACCCUGCUAACGGCUUUCCCCUGAGCUGCUGCUCCAACUCCUCUGACUGCAGCCCUCAGGACCUCCGCAACACCACCAUAAACCACACCAAGGUCUACCAGCAGGGCUGUUAUGAACUGGUAACCUCCUUCCUUGAGACCAACAUGGCCAUCAUCGCGGGAGUAACAUUUGGAAUUGCCUUCUCACAGGUGAGAUAG